CCUGGGUGACACAGCAAGACCCUGUCUCCAAAUUAAAAAAAAAAAAUAGGAUUAAGUAAUUUAUAUUUAUCCAAGGUCACCUGGCUGGUAAGUAAAUGAUCUCUCUGACUCCAGAAUCUCUCUUAACCAGGCUUCUAUGAAUAGAACAAAUUUGGAAUGUCACUGAUCAGAAUAUUCCAUCACCAAGGCAGCAUCCCAGUGGGCUAAUCCACACCAGUGGACUUAAAACACGCUUUGGGUUGCUGUAUGUUAGUGUGUUAAAGGACAGCAAGAAUAGCUUGACAAUUGGUUUGUGAGCAUAAUGGCAUCUAUAAAUAGAACCAUUGAAAUAAUUAAAAAACAUGGAGUAAGCAAACAACAUCUCCUGGAGGAGAUAAACAAAAAGCGUGAAUCCAACUGCUUGGUGGAACGAAGCAAUCAAGUCAGCUUACUGAGAGUUCAAAAGAGGCACUUCCCGGGUGCCUGUCAGUCCUUUACUCAUACCACAACCAAAGAGCCUAUUCCCGACAGUGGCAGGAGCUCCUGGGUCAAGCUGAGUCUCCUUGCUCACAUGGAGAGAAAGCACUUUCCACCAAAAAAUAAUGCCAUAUUUGGAUAAAGUGCAUCUCCAGAGACAAAGACACACAGAAAUACAUUCUCUUUGAUUCUUCUUCAGUGUCUAAAUUAGUUACAAAUUAUUAAUUAUAAACAAA